CGGAGAAGGCGGACAGCGACCGGUCCCGCGCCCUGGCCUCGUCCCGCACCGGGCCGCUCCCCGCACGGAGGCGGGCGCACGUUCUGGCGGCGGGGCCAUGGAGGCGGAGCGGGCUGGGGAGCAGAUGCGCCCGCUGCUCACCCGGGGUCCAGAUGAAGAAGCUGUUGUGGAUCUUGGGAAAACCAAUUCAACUAUAAAUACAAACUUCGAAAAGGAAGAACUAGAAAGUCAUCGAGCUGUCUAUAUUGGUGUGCACGUCCCAUUUAGUAAAGAGAAUCGUCGACGUCACAAGCACCGUGGACACAAGCAUCACCACCGAAGGAAAAAAGAUAAAGAAUCAGAUAGAGAAGAUGGGCGCGAAUCUCCUUCUUACGAUACACCUUCCCAACGAGUCCAGUUUAUCCUUGGUACUGAGGAUGAUGACGAAGAGCACAUUCCCCAUGAUCUCUUCACCGAAAUGGAUGAACUCUGUUUCAGGGAUGGAGAAGAAUAUGAAUGGAAAGAAACUGCUAGGUGGCUAAAAUUUGAAGAGGAUGUUGAAGAUGGUGGUGACAGGUGGAGCAAACCUUACGUGGCAACUCUGUCUUUGCACAGUCUCUUUGAAUUAAGAAGUUGUAUCUUAAAUGGAACAGUCAUGCUGGACAUGAGAGCAAGUACUCUAGAUGAAAUAGCAGAUAUGGUACUGGACAACAUGAUAGCCUCCGGCCAGUUGGAUGAAUCCAUAAGAGAGAACGUUAGGGAAGCUCUUCUGAAAAGGCAUCAUCAUCAAAACGAGAAAAAGUUCAGUAGUCGGAUUCCCCUCGUCCGAUCUUUUGCAGACAUAGGCAAGAAACAUUCUGAUCCUCACUUGCUUGAACGGAAUGGGGAAGGCCUUUCAGCCUCCCGCCACUCUUUGCGGACAGGCCUCUCUGCUUCCAACCUUUCUCUGAGAGGAGAAUCACCUUUGUCCCUUCUCAGCCACCUUAUUCCUUCUUCAAGAGCUGGGACCCCGGCAGGCUCCAGGUGUACAACCCCAGUACCCACCCCUCAAAACAGCCCACCUGCCAGUCCUAGCGUCGGCCGCCUGGCCUCCACCAGUUCCCAGCAGAGUCAGCAUCAGGCCCCAGAACUUCUGGUUUCACCUGCCAGUGAUGAUAUUCCCACAGUAGUAAUUCAUCCACCCGAGGAGGACUUAGAAGCACAGGAAGGCCAGGAGCAGAAGAAAGAGGAUAAUGUUGACAUGACACCAGGUAUUCUGGCAUCUCCACAAUCAGCACCUGGAAAUUUAGACAUUAGCAAAGGUGGAGAAGUUAAAGGUAAUGGAAGUGGAGGAAGCCGAGAAAAUAGCACAGUUGACUUCAGCAAGGUUGACAUGAACUUCAUGAGGAAAAUACCUACGGGGGCUGAGGCAUCAAAUGUUUUGGUGGGAGAAGUAGAUUUUUUGGAAAGACCUAUCAUUGCAUUUGUGCGGCUAGCUCCUGCUGUCCUUCUCUCAGGACUGACUGAAGUCCCGGUCCCAACAAGGUUCUUAUUUCUGUUGCUGGGCCCAGCAGGCAAAGCACCACAGUACCAUGAAAUUGGAAGAUCAAUAGCUACUCUCAUGACUGAUGAGAUUUUCCACGAUGUUGCCUAUAAAGCAAAAGAUCGAAAUGAUCUCCUGUCUGGAAUCGACGAAUUUUUAGACCAAGUAACAGUCCUGCCUCCAGGAGAGUGGGAUCCAUCUAUACGUAUUGAACCACCAAAAAGUGUUCCUUCCCAGGAAAAGAGGAAGAUACCUAUAUUUCCAAAUGGAUCUACUCCCUCAGGUGAGAUCCACAAAGAGGAGGGCCAUCAUGCUGGACCUGAGUUGCAGAGGACUGGAAGGCUUUUUGGUGGUUUGAUACUUGACAUCAAAAGGAAAGCACCUUUUUUCUUGAGUGACUUCAAGGAUGCAUUAAGCCUGCAGUGCCUGGCCUCGAUUCUUUUCCUAUACUGUGCCUGUAUGUCUCCUGUAAUCACUUUUGGAGGGCUCCUUGGAGAAGCUACAGAAGGCAGAAUAAGUGCAAUAGAAUCUCUUUUUGGUGCGUCGUUAACUGGGAUUGCCUAUUCAUUGUUUUCUGGGCAACCUCUUACAAUAUUGGGAAGCACCGGACCAGUUCUAGUAUUUGAAAAAAUAUUAUUUAAAUUCUGCAAAGAUUAUGGCCUUUCCUAUUUGUCUUUACGAACCAGUAUUGGUCUGUGGACGUCAUUCUUAUGCAUUGCACUGGUAGCGACAGAUGCAAGCAGUCUUGUCUGUUAUAUUACUCGAUUUACAGAGGAGGCUUUUGCAGCUCUUAUUUGCAUCAUAUUUAUUUAUGAAGCAUUGGAAAAACUCUUUCACCUGGGAGAGGUAUAUGCUUUCAACAUGCACAAUAACCUAGAAGAACUGACAUUGUAUUCGUGUGUCUGUGCUGAGCCUCCAAACCCUAACAAUGAAACUAUAGAAAUGUGGAAGAAAAUUAAUAAAACAGGGGAUACUAUUUCCUGGGGAAAUCUCACCAUUUCUGAAUGCAAAACCUAUCAUGGUGUGUUUGUUGGAUCAGCUUGUGGCCUCCAUGGGCCUUAUAUUCCUGAUGUUCUUUUUUGGUGUGUCAUCUUGUUCUUUACAACAUUUUUCCUUUCAUCUUUCCUUAAGCAGUUUAAGACCAAGCGCUAUUUUCCUACCAAGGUGCGAGCAACAAUCAGUGACUUUGCUGUAUUUCUCACAAUAGUCAUAAUGGUUGCAAUUGACUACCUUGUAGGAGUUCCUUCUCCUAAACUUCAUGUUCCUGAAAAGUUUGAGCCUACUCGUAAAGAUAGGGGUUGGAUCAUAGACCCUCUUGGAGAAAAUCCUUGGUGGACAUUAUUAAUAGCUGCUAUUCCAGCCCUACUCUGUACAAUCCUUAUUUUCAUGGAUCAACAAAUUACAGCAGUAAUCAUAAACAGAAAGGAGCAUAAACUGAAGAAAGGAGCUGGCUACCACCUUGAUUUGCUCAUGGUUGGUGUUAUGCUAGGAGUUUGCUCCAUCAUGGGUCUGCCUUGGUUUGUGGCUGCAACAGUGUUGUCUAUAAGUCACGUAAACAGCUUAAAAGUGGAAUCUGAAUGCGCAGCUCCAGGGGAACAACCCAAAUUUUUGGGAAUCCGGGAACAGCGAGUGACUGGGUUAAUGAUUUUUGUUCUGAUGGGCAUGUCUGUGUUCAUGACCUCUGUGUUAAAGUUUAUUCCAAUGCCAGUCCUUUACGGUGUUUUCCUUUACAUGGGAGCUUCUUCACUCAAAGGCAUCCAGUUUUUUGACCGUAUAAAGUUAUUUGGAAUGCCAGCAAAACAUCAACCUGACCUGAUAUACCUGCGUUACGUUCCAUUGUGGAAGGUCCACAUCUUUACAGUUGUUCAGCUCACGUGUCUGGUUCUUUUAUGGGUGAUCAAAGCUUCAGCUGCUGCAGUAGUUUUCCCCAUGAUGGUUCUGGCACUGGUGUUCAUACGCAAGCUCAUGGAUCUAUGUUUCACCAAACGAGAACUUAGUUGGCUUGAUGAUCUCAUGCCUGAAAGUAAGAAAAAGAAGGAAGAUGAUAAAAAGAAAAAGGAGAAAGAGGAAGCUGAAAGGAUGCUUCAGGUUAGUGACAGUGAAAGGGUGCACCUUCCAUUUGAAGGGAGAAGUCUCUUGCAGAUUCCUGUUAAGGCUCUAAAAUACAGUGUUGAUCCCUCAGUUGUAAACAUAUCAGAUGAAAUGGCCAAAACUGCACAAUGGAAGGCACUUGCUAUGAACACUGAGAGUGCCAAAGUAACCAGAUCUAACACGAGCCCUGAAAAACCAAUAAGUGUGAAAAUAAAUUUGGAAGAUGAACCUAUGCGGAAAUAUGUCGAUGCUGAAACUUCAUUAUAGAACGGAACCAAGAGGAAUUAUAUGUGUGUGCGUGUGUGUGUGUGUGAUGUAUUUGUAUAUAUCAUUACUGGUUGUCAUACUACUGAAGUGUGAUCACCUUGUUUCUUGAAGCAGUGUACUCCAAGCAUUAUGCCGAGAGUGGUAGAGAUUGUGUACAUAUAAGGAUAUAGAUAUGUGGUUAAUACCCUUCAGAUAUUUAUUCUUUCAUUUUAAAAUAGGAAGAUGGGGCAAGAUGCAUAUGUAUAUUCCCUCCUCCCCUGCAAAUCUAUGUGUGCAUCAAAAGUAAUUCAGAUCAGCCUUAGCUUAUAAGUAACAGUCCACAUUUUAGAAUCUUGUGGUGUGAGUUAAGUUCUAAUCUGAUAUAUUGGAAAAUCUUUGGUGCAGUCCAGCUAUUACUCUGAGUCUUUGUGGGAAGCAGAAGCACCAUUCAUGUGUUAGUGAGGUCUUGACUUAGCUUUGAGGUAUGUGGAUCAUCUGCUCACCUUCUAUCACAUUCACUUUUCCCAGAGUUGACCUUGCAGUCCUCACUGUUUUUGAAAAAGUACCCAAAGAACCAAGAAAAAAAUAAAAUCCAACUCUUAUUUACUUUGCAGCGCUCAAGUAGAAAUAUGUGAUUUUAAAAUGUAGUUCACCCGUAAGCCAAUCCUGGCUAUUCUGUAUAUCCACAAUUAUUAUUUUCAUACAGUAUAGAAUGGCUCAACAGUUAAAUAAGAUCUAUCAUAUGUGAGGUCUUGUUCCUUUUAAUUCUUUAGAAAUGGUCAUAAUUACAGAAUAGUCAAAGACUCCAAGGAUUUGUUCUUUGCCUUGCAUUUGCAAAACUCAUACAGAGAGUGAAAGUUAAGCAUACAGUGGGGCAGAACAGAACCUCUCUCACCAAAAGAAAUUCUCAUUUUUUUUAAGAUGUUUUCAUUUAUUAUCGGGUGUAAUUUUUGAUCAUUUUAAGUGUGAGUAAAUUAUCAGGAGCUAGAAUUGUAGAAGGGUCUAUAAUCAGUAUUACUUUUCAAGCUUUAAGAUUUACCUUUGGAUUUCGUGUUUACAGUUACAUUCUUCCCAUUGUAAAAACAAGAAAACUAUUUAAUAGCAUGCUUUAUUUUUAUCUUUAAGCAUUUUAUUUAUUUUAAUUGGUAGAAAGCUUAAAUGUAACACAACAGAAGAUAAUAUUCAGUACAGUAAAUGUCCUUUGUAAAUAUUGGAGCCUUUUGGCGUUGAUGAUUUUCGAGAAACGUGGUUGAAAAAUAUGAUACGUUUGAUGUUAUGGUACCUUUUAAGCACUGCCAUGUUAGGUUUUUGUUUUUGGUUUGGUUUUUUUAGGAAAUUAGCAUUUCAUGUAAAGCUUACACUGUUAUUUACAAACCUGCUUUGCGAUAUUAUUCUUGUUUGUUUUUGCAUUAUUUUUAGUUACCUACACUUUGUCUUUUUAUGUGCUCAUAGUUUUAACCCCCAACUUUAAAUAAAUAUUAUUAUUAAACCUGUAGGACUGGAUGAAUGGGAUUUCACAACUGAUUUGGCAAGAGGAUAUCAUAAAAAUCAAACAGGUAUUGAAUCGGUACUAAGUAUCUAGAGCAGUGUCAGAAUAUUAAGAAUUGACCAUGACAUAAUUCAGCUAUUCCCUAUCACUUUAUAAUAAAAAUAUGAAGAAAUAGAUGUAUAAAAUGAAUACUGCUUCACAAAUUGAAAGCGAAAGGCUGAAUUGUUAGCUGUAGCUAAAUGUAUCUAAGCUAGGAACAGAAAUGUUUCUCUUCCAUUGUUUAGCUUUUCUAGCCUCAGAAUGUGCUAUUUUAAAGAAACAGUUACCAGAAUGAUGAAAUCCACCGGAAAACCGAGGGUGGAAAUAAAUUUGCUCUUCUCUAGAAAAUCUGUCAGCUACUGGUAGGCCUGUGGAGGUACUGUCUAAAAAGGAUUAUUUCUUGCUCCACCUGCAGUUGAUAUACAGAGCGUUAUUCCAGGUGCUUGUUACUGUAAUGUUCUUCCAAUUAUAUAAUUCUCUGUACUUUCAACUAAAGUAUCAUUUCCCCAAACCCAAAUAUAUGUUGCUAACUGUGAGUUUGUGGACCGCCUAUUUGCCCCAGUUUCUUAAAGCAUUUUGAAGUUGAAUGUGGAUAUGAAAGGGCUGACACUUUUGACCCUUUUACAGGAAGUUUUUUUUUAAAAAAAAAAAUUGUAAAUUCCCAGUGAUCAUAGCUUGGUGAUUUUUGUUUAAUAAUGCAAAUUAUCCAGUUCCCAAAAAAGUAUGAAUUACAAACACUUUACUGUCAAGAUUGAUUUUUUUCCCAGUGUUCUUGAUAGUAUUUUCUGCCUUUUCAAAAACCACUUAAUAUGCAUAAAACCUAUUACUUCUUUGAAUAAUCUAUAAAAGAACAGUAGUAGCUCAUGCUUAAGUAAUUUACUGCUUAUUUUCCUUUACUGAAAAUGUUAUUUCUCCCACUGUAUUUUAACCAGACAAAUAUGGCAUUUAUUUAAGACAGUGAAGGAUAUUAUUCACUAUAUGUUAUUUGAAAAUGUUGCCUUAAUAGGUGUAAAUGAGCAGUAGUAAUUACUGCGCACUGACUUACCUCAGGGUGCAAAAUUAAAAAGCAACAACAAAUCAAUGAAGCCAAUCUUCAUUUCCAUUUCAAAAAUACAUUGAACUAAAAGUCCUGCACUUUCGUAGAUGCCUUGGUUGCCAGGGAUGGAGUUUUAGUGCUACUGAAUACCUACCUACCUGGCUCCGGAGCCACCUCAGGAGUUCCCUCUCACUCUCCCGUUUUUAUUUAUUUAUAGAUGUGUGUUUACGUAUACUGUAAUGGGUCCUAAUUUUGACCUCCCACAGAUUUUCUUCUGAAUGGUGUCCAUUUUAAAGCAGGAAUUUUUAAAUCUGAUUAAACCUUAUUAACUUCCUUAUGCCCUAAGAAAGGUUCUGAUUGUUCUUCAUUUCUGUUGUGCUGAAGUCAGGUACACUUGUGUGCUUUUUUCCAAAAAAAAGCUGUUGUCCAAUCCCUGAUGAUUUGUCUCAAACAGCGGCGUAAAAAAUGUCCAAGCUAGCCAAGUUUAUUGCAGAAUUUAGAGCAGAUUCAAGUAUGCUAAUGUGUGCAUUCGUCUGCUUAAUUUCAAGCAUCAGCUGUUUCAUUUUCAUGUAACAAAAAUCUCCACUGAUCUAAUCCCAAAUGCAUUUAUCUGUAUACACAAAAACUUUCAAACUUUUGCUCCUUGCAACGUCAAGUUUAAAGUGCUGUAAAAAUAUAUCUGAAAUAGAAGAAUAAGAGAGCUUGCUAUUUUAAAGGGUUAUAUUCUGUAUAUACAUUCUGUAAUGGUGCAAAACAAAUUGAAAUAUUGUUUUAAAUGCACAAGUGGAAAACACGAGCCAUCAGUACAUCAUGUUGAUUCUGAUUUUCAUUUUUGUCAUGUUAAAUAAUAUAAUGGUUGAAAAGUACUCAUGUAGGUCAGAUUUUUGCAGUUCAGAAGUGAAAGAUGUCUUGUUCUGUAAUAACAGUAAUUUAUUUUCUAGAAAGUUAAUUUGACUUCACUGGAGUCUAAAGUAGUGUUCUAAAUGCAAAAAAUAUCUAAGUAAUUUUAAUAUAAAGCAGUUUUAUUUUGUAAAUUUUUAGUAAAAUGUCAACUGAAGGGAGUUUUAGUUGAAAAUGAAACCAUUAUCCUAAUGAUCACAUUUCCUAUUUAAUUUAGCACAAGCUGACAUUAUAUAGCCAACUUGGAGUUCUGUGUUUAAACACCCAGUCUGCUUUUGGGUUUUUUUUAAAUACAACAAGUUAUUGAGCAGCGAGCGACUUGUCCUUUGAAAGAAUGUUUUUCUUUUUGUUGCUAUACUGUGUAGGGAUGCUUUUUGGGGGUGUCUUCCAAUGUUCACAUUUGACUGAACAAAAAUUGAAUUUUGGUGUUCACUAUAAUAUUUGAUAACUCGAGAUGUAAUUACAUGGAACCGUUCCAAUUUUUUAUGACUCUUUUCUAAUUACAGUGGUAAUGUUUUCUUCUUUUGUAACAAAAUCCAAAGUUAAACAUUAUCCUAAAUGUAGAACCGAUAUUUUUAGUUUCUAAGAAGUAUGUGUCUCUCCGGUGUCUAUAAUGUGAAAGAUCCUACCUUUCAAAUUUGUUUUCAUACCUUAGGAAAAAACUAUUUUUUGUAAUCUUACUGAAGUUGACAAAAGCAAUAAAAGUCUACUGAACAAUGUUGCUAAA